CCACCAGGGCUCCAGAGUUGGGGAGGGGGAUAGGAAAAGCAGAAGGCCCCUUUGGGCAAGUGCAGUACCCAUUGCCCUCUGCCCAGGGUGUGUGUGACCAUCUCCUGAUCGCUGUUUAGAUCAGUGGCUUCAGUGAACAGUCCUUCCUCCUUCACCCCACUAAGACAGACAAAAACGUUCAUGUUUUGGGUCUCUCAGAGGGCAGGCAUCUUCCCCUAAGGCACACGCUUUGUGUCUGUUGGUAGCUGGUGCUACAGCUGGGUGCUGUUACGGCACACCUGUGCACCCAGCAGUAUUUCCUACACAGAUACUUGCCCCUAGAUCCCAUCAUGAACAUCUUGUCAUGCUUGCUUUGUUACAUGUCUCCACCAUCUAUCUACCCAUCAGUCCUUCUAGUUUUUAUUUUUUGAAGCAUUGCAUAUACUCUGUAGCCAUUACAUAUCUCAGCAUGGGGAUCAUUAACUGGAGCUCAUUGUUUUACAUUCAGGUAAAACGUGCAUACGAUGAAAUCCGCAAUCUGGGUGUAGUUCCUCUGUUUUGACUACAUGCACCCGUGUAACCACACCCCUCAGUCCGUGCAGCACCACCCUCUCCGAGGAGUCCCUCCUUGUCCUCCCAGUCAUUCCCCACCCCCACCCCGUCAGGAGCCACUGGUCUGGAUUUUUCCCUGCAAAGAUGAAGAGCUGGUGCUUUUCCUGUGAGGUUUAUACAGCGUAAGUGCUGAUGGGUCGCUGUCAUCCACCACAGGGUCUUGACACUGCACACAAGCAGAGAGUGGCUGAAGUGCUCAAUGACCCUGAGAGUUCAGAGAAGCGGCGCAGCCGGGAGAGCCUCAGCACGGACGUGGUCAAGUACGAGAGUGGCCCCGACGGUGGCGAGGAAGUGAGUAUGAGCGUAGAGUGGAACGGGGACGGCACUGGAUCUUUAAAACGCAGUGGUUCCUUUAGCAAGCUCCGGGCCUCCAUUAGACGCAGCAGCGAGAAGCUGGUUAGGAAGCUGAAGGGAGGAAGCUCACGGGAGAGUGAGCCCAAGAACCCUGGCCUGAAGCGUGCCAGUUCUCUGAACGUUCUGAAUGUGGGCAAGGCAGCCGGAGACCGUUUCCAAGAACGAGAUAAUUGUCUGGCAGAUUCACGAGCUCUGAGCGCCAGCCACUCUGACCUGGCCUGCUGAGGGUCCGGCCAGAGCUAGAUAGACCCUGAGACCCAAGAAGCGCCAAGACCCCCAGCCCUGCCCAGCCCCUCAUUCUGCAUAGGAGCCGCUAGCCUGGCCUCCCCGCCACGGACGCGCCUCCUUUUCUAGACAGUGAUGUCCACCGCCACUGGACGCUGCACCUGUGCCCCUGGAUCUGUUAGCCCUUCUGCAGCUUGGGGCGCGAGGGCCAGCCAGGGCGUGGUGCCCGGGCACUGGGCAGUCUCUGCACGCUCAGAUCUGCCGGCUGCUCACGGACGCGCGCUCACUUUCUGCCAUGACGCCAAAAUCGAUUUUAAGUUUUAAUGGUAUAAUAGACUAUCAAUUAAGAAUCCAGACUCUUAAGCUACACCCUUUUAGAAUGACAAAUUAAUGAUCUGAGGCAGUGACACCUGAAAUGUAGAGGGAAGUGCUUGGUUUAAAGACGGGAGGAAGGAGUUAGCAUCCUGCCGGGCGUCCUCGCAUCUCCGCCUCUGCUGGAUGCGCUCGCUGUCCCGUUUAGAGCUGGACGUGCCCGGGCCCCGCGCCCACACCCUGCACCCACCCAUGGAGCGGGUUUCCCCUCUCCUUCGGCUCCUGUAUGCUAAGUUUGUGGAGAUUGUGUUUUACUUUUUAGUUUUUUCUUUGUAGUGUUAAGUAGCACAGGGUGGAUUUUGACAGGAUGUUUCCACAUCCGUCCUGUAGCAUCAUUUCUGUAAGAAAGACUGACGUGCAGGUGAGGGGACUGUGACGUGGGUUACAGCUGCGGAGAGGACCAGGAGCUAGACUGAGCUCCAGUCCUGAGGCUGCAGCCCUCAAGGGGACACGAGGUCUGAGCUGUGGUCAGUCUGCACAGAGGUGGCACCAGGGCCCCUCGUGAAGUGGCCCUUCCCAGGCUAGAGCAGGUGGCGCUGCAGCCCGUGCUCACGCCUCUGCUUCCAGCUGCCGUCCGCUCGCCUCUCAGGCCGCACAUGGCGCACGCUGGCCUGCGCUCCUGCGGCCCUUGGGUGACCCCCGGCAGGGCCUGGGCUUGGGGCCAGGGUGCUGGAGACGGCGCGUCCCACCAGGGCUUUGCUUUAGAGGGUCCACGUAGUUCAGUGAUGUCCCGUCGUAGGCUGCGUGUCCUGGGGGGAGGGGGUGCUGACGACACAGCUCCCCGCACACCAGAAACUCACUUUCUAAAUACUUUUCGCGAGACGCUGACAACAUCGAUGGCUCACGAGAAGACACCAAAAGAGAAAAAAGAGUCACCCCUCGGUGACGCUGGGGCGCCGUAAAGGCCACCCUUAGGAGCGGGUGGCUGGGGGUGCCUGCCACAGUGACGACCACAGAACCCCACCUCCACGUCUGAGAAGCUGACGCGACGUGUUUGAGACCCGCUUUCCCUGAGUGACAGUCCUCUCUGGAGAGUAAAGACGGGGCUGGGCAGAGGGCUGACUUCCCAGCUCCCACAGUGAUGAGAACAGCCAGCGCUUAGCAGUGGUCCUGACCCACUCUGAGCCCUGGCCAGCUCCCCGAGUCAUGAGCUGUCUCUGCUGCCGCUGUGAGGCCCAGCCAAGAGACAGCCUUGUUUCAGAAAGGAGGUGUGACUCGGGGUCCCUGGGGGCCUGUUUCAGAGAGGGGGUGCUACGUGGGUCCCCGCAGUACUGGUUGUGCACUUGGAUGGACGUGGAGGUGGCCCAGGUUGUAGCCUGCAGUCUGUAGCCUGGAUGGAAACCUGAGAAGAGCUGGGACUGGCUGUUCCCCCGGCCCCCCAGUCCUCCUGGUGAGGCCCCUUCACUGAGGCAGCACUGGUUUCUGCAUAAUUAGGGCACCCUGGUGGUGGACAAAGGCAGACAGACAAGCUUGUACAGGCAGGGGUGCUGACACAGCAUGGGCGGGGGCACUGAUGGAGGGUGUCAGUAGGAAGGUCCAUUUUGUGGGGUGGAGUGGGGGCUUGGAGAGGGAUUUUGGGGGUGGGACGUUUCUAGACCCUUCCUGCUGGGUCCCUGGCACAGGCUGUGGUGCCCCGCAUGGGUGUUUACAGUAUGGGAGGGAGUGCUCGGUCUUAGGUGUUUACAGUAUUUGAUGAACUCAGAGUUCUGGAAUUUAAAAUUCCUCUCACUUGUUUGGUCAGAAAGCUGCCAGGAAUGUCAUAUUAGAAAUCCAGAGUUUAUAGGAAGAUACAUAUGUUGCUAAGGAUACAGAAGUUUACGGAGUUCUUGUUGUCCUAAGUUGCCAUGGUUACGUCAGAGGGCACACUGUGCCUACGCACCUUCUGGUGGGUUCACAUUCGCACUCAGGUUUGAGCAGUGCACGGACCUGACACUGGAGGACAAACAGCACUUACUGUUCAGUCAGCACCGCACGCACAGCACGGUCGGCUGACUGGACGCGUCAUAAAGAUGAGGGCUGGUUAGACUCGCUCCCCCAGCGGGGGGCUGGCGUCCUGUCAAGGUGCUGUAUAAACGAUGGGGAGUUACCCCAGGGAUCAUGGGCACGGCGUCCCUGAAGAUGGGGCUGUGGCCGAGCCUCGGGCGAGUGGAGACAUCAGGACGCGGCAGCACCGAGCAGGCCCGGUCUACCUGCCCGUCCGCCGUGGCCAGCUCCUUGGAGGGCCCCCCAGACGCAGGCCCAGGGACUGUCAGUGCUGCUGAGAUGGCUCUGUCUGCUGUCCCUGGGCCUGGGGGCUCCCGGGAGGGUCUACUGAACACUGUCUGGGAGCUGGGGUCUUACUUCCUAAAAUGGUGGCGUGACUCACUUAGAAAAUUACUGUUGUUUACAUUUAACUACAAAAAUAAAGUGUUUAUUUCCCGCUGCGCAGCCCCUGCCCCUCCGUAGAAGACUUUUGUAAGGUCCAGCCCAGGGACAUUUUCCCGUCUUUACACUGGUGACCGAGUCUUCUCAGGGUCGUAGACCCCUUUGCAAACCUGACGGGAAUAAGUGGACCCUCCAGGCCUAGAAAGAUGCAAACGAAACCUGUGCACCUUCGCGGCCCCCAGUGCCAGCCCAGGGUGAGAACCACUCUGCACACUCGUCUGACCCCCGCACCAGCCAGGCCUCCGAGUCUCGUCACAGCGGGGGAGGGCGGCUAAGACACAUGACUGUUCUGUGCCUCGGUUUCCCUGUCUGAAGAUAGGUAACAGUUCCUGCUUCCAAGGGGCGUUCUGAGGGGGCGCGAACCAGUGACAUGAGUCUCCCCAGUGGGAGCCGUGCUUGUCGUCUGACACCCCUUGGGGAUG